UAAGCUUGUUAUUUGUCAUCUGCAGGUUUAUAGACGGUCAGGUGUACGAUGGGGUUGUGAAAACUAAGGAGCAGGCUCAGCAGCAGUACACUCAGGCUGUGUCCAGGGGACAAAGUGCUGGAAUUGUCAGCUCUGUAGGGAGGACCAUGGAGGAGUUUAAAACCUCCGUGACUGUGGCGGCCCACAAAAAGGUCACGUUUGAGCUCACCUACGAGGAACUACUGAAACGCACACUUGGUAAAUACGAGCUGCAAAUCCACGCUCGACCCAUGCAGCCUGUUGCAGAUUUCAAAGUUGACGUGUACAUUUAUGAGAAAGCUGGCAUCAGUUACAUUGAUGUGAAAGGAGGACUGAGCACUAAAGCUCUGGCUAAUGCCAUCACCAAAACUCAUGCAGACAAACAGGCGUGGGUCCAUUUCUAUCCAACAGUGGACCACCAGAAAACCUGUGACAGCUGUGGGGAGCAGGGUAUGAAUGGAGAUCUGGUUAUUGUUUACGACGUCAAACGAGACGAUGGACUAGGAGACAUCAAGACAUCAGAGGGAUACUUCGUCCAUCAUUUUGCUCCAUCGAACCUUACUCGAAUACCAAAGAAUAUUGUAUUUCUCAUUGAUCAAAGUGGCUCAAUGCACGGCAAAAAAAUUGAACAGACUCGAACUGCUCUGCUCCAUAUCUUGAAUGAUCUGGCUGAAGAUGACUUCUUUGGUCUCAUCACAUUUGAUAGCUCAAUUUCUCAAUGGAAACGAGAACUUGUUCAGGCCACUAGUGAAAAUUUGGAGGGAGCCAAAGUCUUUGCAAGAAAUAUUCCAGCCAGUGGAGGAACAAACAUUAAUGACGCUGUGUUGGAAGGAGCACACAUGUUGAAUGCACAUCCCAGAGAGGGUUCAGCAUCCAUCCUGAUACUUCUCACAGAUGGAGACCCCACCUCAGGAGAAACAAAUCCUGAAAUUAUACAAUCAAAUGCAAGAAGGGCCAUUGCAGAGAAAUUCCCACUCUACUGUCUUGGUUUUGGGUUUGAUGUGAAGUUUGAGUUCCUAGAGAAAAUGUCACUGGAGAACAACGGUGUUGCACGACGUAUAUAUGAAGACUCAGAUGCUGAUUUACAGCUGCAGGGUUUCUAUGAAGAAGUGGCCACUCCUCUGUUAACAGAUGUGACCAUGAUCUAUUUGGGAGGAACCAACCUGACCAAGACUAACUUCAGUCAGUAUUAUAAUGGCUCUGAGAUUGUGGUGGCCGGUCAGAUCACGGACAAUAACAUCGAAACCUUCAUUCCUGAAGUUGUGGCCAUCUCAAGUAACAGAAAAGUGACCUUUUCCAACACAAAUACCUCUGUGGAGCCCUCUACUGAAACAGUGGCUGAAGGCCUUCUUCAGAGGGUUUGGGCCUAUCUGAAAGUGAAACAGCUUCUGGAAAAAGAGGUGCUUUUGUCUGGACCAGAGAAAGAAAAAGUGAAGAAAGAGACUCUAGAGCUGUCUCUGAAGUACAGUUUUGUGACUCCACUCACAUCCAUGGUGGUCACCAAACCUCAGGAGGAUAAAACAGAAGUCCUUCACAAACCCCAAGAGGGGAAAAUACAACAUGGUCUUGAGCUGAUGCAUGGAGGUGGUGCAUUUCCAGUUUCUGUUAACAAUGCUGGUCCAAUUGCUGGUCGUCCUGGAAUCUUUCAUGAUGCUCGUAACAGUCAUCACCCAGGUCAACAUGGUUUCCUAGGUUUUUUUCCUCCUCUGCAUUCUCAAGACCAGCGACCUCUGGCUCCAUAUCCUGACUACGAUCAAUUUGAUGACUAUAUGGACCUUCUUUUAGCUCGAGCACCAACUCCUACAUCACGUGUGAAGCAUAGAUUCUUGUUAAAAGAGAAUAAUAAUUCUCCGCCCUUGUGCUUCGACAUCACUGGAUCUGUCAUUCUUAAACUUCUUCACCAUCCCAGCAGAAAGCUGUAUGUAAAUGGAGAACUGAAGUCAGAAACAAAUGCAGGAUUCACAAAGAUUGUUAUCCACACCGGAGAUGACCAACAUGUUGAGAUUCAACCAGAGGCUGUAACUGUUCGAGGGGGACAGUCUACAACACGCCACACUGGACAGGAAGCCAUCACUGCUGGAAGUGUGACAAUAUUCAAGAGGGACAAAGAAGUCGAUGUUACUGCUGGAGACGUGCGUUUGGUCAUCUUGGUUCAUGAGAAGAACGGCAACAAAUUCCUUUGGCCUGUUUUGAGACAGAAGCCAUCUGCCAGCAACGCAGAGGGGAUUUUAGUCCUAAAGCCUACAAAUUACCGGGAGGUGCAUCAAGGUUCACUGAUAAUCAAAGGCAACCAGAUAAUUGCUACCAGGUCUGCAGCUGAUGACUACAGUGUUUCCCCUCCUGUGGCGUUGACCUGCUGGUUAAUCAGCUUUGAGAAUGCUCUGCAAAAACCUCUGCAAGAGUUACUUUCUGAACAAAUUUAACAAUAGGGGAUGUUAAAUGUUUUGGGAUUCUGUGUAAUUCAAAGUGUAACAAAAAGAAUAAAAAAAAUUGUGACUUCAACAAAUAA